AUGAGCCCUCGUUUUGUUUAUGGCACAACGCCCCCCCCCCCCCCCCAGCCUCACGCAACCGCCUUUAACAAAGCCCUACCCCUUGGCGGGCCAGAGGGACCGUUCUUGUGCCUGCAAAGGGGAACCAAAGACAACGACCCCCACCCUUACCCGGCAAGGCAGUGCAGAAAGCAAGCCUUGCGCGGAGAGAGCUCUGCCUCCCGCGCCCCUCUCCCCGCGCCUUUCCAAUAUAGCAGGAAGUCUAGACUCUAGACUAUCUUUCCCUGUAAGGAAGAGCGGGAGUCCUGCGCGCUUUCGGCACGGCUGUUACGCAGCGGAUCACCAAACAAAGCGGCUUUGGCGCGGCAGGUUUUAUACAUUUCCUCCGGCUCAGUCAAAAGCAGCGGCGGGACAAUGAAGGGAUGGGAACUCCCUUCCAGGAGAGAGAGACUGCUCCACCUGCUCCGCCGUAGUUGAGUGGUCCGAACCACGCCUCCUUUUCACUUUCGCUUCGCCGCCUUUGCGAGCGGAAACAGGAAGGGUCUUCAACAUCGGGUGGAGCAAAUAGAGGGAAGGACCAACCCCCCCCCACACACACACACAUUCCACUUUUCAUAAUACUAGAGCUCGAGGCUGUCCAGUGACAGCAGACAAUUCCAGAUCGGUAAAAGGAAAAGACCUCUAGCCGCACAACGAAGACGUGGAUGUAAGGAGCAUUAUUUGCCAGGAAAUACGGCGAAGGGUUUUUUUUAUAAAUCACGCUGCUUAAUGCGUUUAGAAUUACUCUGAUAACUAUUGUUGUGUUUGAAAACUGUUUUUGAAAUGCAGAUUUGACUGGAACAUGCGCCCAGAAUGAAGGAAGAAGGCUGGAGAAGAUGCGAGAAAGGUGUCAGCACGUGCUGCCUUGGGAGAGACGUGUAGCUUUGAUGUAUGAAAUCUAAUGCUUCUAGAUGCCUUACUCACUUUUUCGUUAUUUCUCUAUGAGACAAAUAUUUUACAGAUCCCACAGCUGGGUCAGAUACUUAUUGCUGGGGGGUGGUGAUAUUGUGAGCUUGGGUUGGGGACUAGAUCCCCCAUAAUCUUUACAUUAUGUGAAAUGUUAAGAGUUUGACCAAAUUCAUGAGGGACUGAUCUACGAAGUGAAAGUACUGGGAGCCUUGGAUUGCAGGGCUCACAAGUACUGCAGCAUCCUAAUAACAUCCACAUCAUCGGAUGCCUGAAGUUGGCUCCUGAUUCUUAAUUUCAUACAGUCCUUUGAAUCCUUAGGUUCGUAUAUUUGGACAAAUUCAUAAGGAUAAGGUUAUCGGUGGCUACAGCCAUGAAGGCUGUCUUCCUCCUUCACUGCUGGAGGCAGUAUGCCUCUGAAUGCCUGGGCAUCAACAUUAAGAGACCUUGCAUCUUGGGUGAAUUGGAUUGAAAAGAUCACUUACAGUUUCUGGAGUUCAAAGGCUUUAACCACAGAAUGGACUAUUUACAAGAUAAGCAGAGGUGAGAGAGAAAUAGCAGAAAUCCUAUCUCAACAAGCUGGAAGAGGACAACAAACAAAUAAUGGCUCUACUUUUAGGGGUGGAAUUAACUUAGAGUCUUAGACAAAGUGAAGACUACAAGCAAGUGCUGGCUAGCUUGCAAGACAAAUAGUGCCCUCGUGUGGUUUAAAGUAAAAAAGGUAAAGGGUAAAGGGACCCCUGACCAUUAGGUCCAGUCGUGGCCAACUCUGGGGUUGCGGCGCUCAUCUCACUUUACUGGCUGAGGGAGCCGGUGUACAGCUUCCGGGUCAUGUGGCCAGCAGGACUAAGCCGCUUCUGGCGAAACAGAGCAGCGCAGGGAAACGCCGUUUACCUUCCCGCUGGAGCAGUACCUAUUUAUCUACUUGCACUUUGACGUGCUUUCGAACUGCUAGGUGGGCAGGAGCAGGGACCAAGCAACGGGAGCUCACCCCGUCCGUGGUUUAAAGUAGCACAUGCAUAAACUAAUUCAGGAGAAGGAAAGGUAUUGCUUUUCUCCAGCAAUCACAAGUGUGUGUGGUAGGAAUGUGGCAGGUCCUGCUUAGAGUUUUCCUAGUGACAACUGGCAUGAUGCAACCAAAAUAAGAUUUAUUUUAAUUCUGGUGUAUGUGUGUGGGAGAGACAGAGAGAGAGAUUUAAGCAAAUACUUAACUUUCCCAUUAUAGGGCUGCAUAUGUCUCUGGGCCUCAUUGAGCACAGUGGUACUUGCUUCUGGGCAGUGUUCGAAACUCCCAUUGUUCUAGGCGCAUUUUGCAACAAGGAUUUCAUUAGCGUGAGCAGCUUCUGAGCUCUGGACGCAGUACUGCCCCUAAGAUUUCAGAUUAAAACUGCAGAGUGGAAGGAAAGGAGGACCAUUUUUCUGCCUCCCCACUUCCAGCUACUCUCUGAAGACUGGAGAAGAGACCCUCUUAAUAAUAUUAGGGGGGUAGGCAGGGGAAGGACUAGAGACCAUGUGAAAAAUGAACGUAAUAUUUUAGCUGCAGUUUAUUCAUUUUCAGCUUUGUAUUCUUGUUAUAAAAAAGCACACCUAGACAUUCCAUUGUUGCACCCAUAACCUAGGUUUAAGGUGCCAUUUAGCUCCUAGUUUUCAUAUCUCAGUUUCUAACACUGCUUCUGGGUAAACAUGUAAAGUGCUGAAUUUGGGCAAGAUGGUGCCCUGUCUAGGCACUUGCUUUUGAGCAGGCAUAGGCAAACUCCGGCCUCCAGAUGUUUUGGAACUACGAUUCCAAUCAUCCCUAGCUAACAGGACCAGUGGUCAGGGAUGAUGGGAAUUGUAGUCUCAAAACAUCUGGGGGGCUGGAGUUUGCCUAUGCCUGCUUUUGAGGAUCCAAAGCUAAACCAGCAAAGUUUGCCAAUAAAAUUAUAAAUUCAAAGAUCAUCUUAUUAACCAUCUGUGGGUUCUAUCCUGCUACUUUUUACUCAAAGUAGAUGCACUGGAAAGUAAGGACAGGGUUUACAUCCAUUAAUUUCAAUUCGUGUCCUGCCUAUUUCUCUCAAUUUCACAAUGGGCAAAAUUCUGUUUCAUGUAUUAUUUCAGAGACUGCAAUUAGAUAGGCUCACCUUUAAAUGUAAGCUGAAUUUAAUUUCUUCCUUUAUCCCUAACUCUUGAGUAAAACUUAGUUGGAUCAAAUCCUACAUCAUCAGGAAAAUCAGCAUAAAGUAACUAUCAUGCUAGUUUUCUGAGUGAUGAGUAACUUUCGGGUGAGUUUUGGAGCAGGCGCUAUAAACCAGACAUCAUGUGACCACAACUUUUUUUUAUGGGCAUCUGUCUUUGUUCAUGUCUGGUGACUUCUUUCAUUGCCUUUAAGUUGCCUCUAGUAGCUUCUUGAAAGAGGAUUACUAGACACUUGUCCUUGUCUGAUGUGCCUCUUCACAAUCCUACUUUCCCCCAGAGAGUCAGUCUAAGCAAGACAAGCCAUUUGAGCAUAGCCAUAAAGUUCAAAGCCACCUGCCAGCCCAGUCAUUGAGCCUGCAGAGGUCUGUUCAAUUCCCUCAGAAUGAAGAAAACCUCUGUGGCUGUGGGGAAUAACAGUGGGAGCUCUUGCAUCCUGUGUGCCGGCUUCAGGUUGGCUACUAUGGUGCAAACUUGGGUAAGCCAGCAGUCCGCAACUUUUGUGGGUUUAGGUGCACAUUUGGACAUGUAAGAAACUGUCAUGGUUGCCACAGAACACCCAUUUCACUGAAGAAAAGUGGGAAUACUGAGACCCACCCCAAAACAAAUAGGCAAAACAUCUACUAAGCACACCCCAAAACAAACACAAUAAAGUAGGCAACAUCUCCCAGCUAACAGGGUUCUGAUGGGCGACGGCUGCUGCUGCUGCUGCUGCUGGAGGCAAGAAGCUUCUGAAUACUAUUUGCUGGAAGUCGUGUGGAGAACGGCUUUUGCACUCAGGUCCUUCCCAUUACGGUAUCUGGUUAGCCGCUGAGAGAACGGGAUGAUGGGUUACAUAGGUUUAGAUGCGCAAGGCUCUUCCAUUACUAGCAACCUGCAGUCCUGACACUAUUACCUGCUGCUUGCACUUUGGGGGUGUGGGACAAUAUGCAGAGACCAUUCUGCUUUCAAUUUACUGACUUGAAAAUCAUGGUGCCAACCCAACCACAGGCAAACAAGCAGCAACAGCAAAGAGAGAGGGCGGCAUAUUUUCUCUGUCCUCCUUUAUCCUCUAAGGAAGGUGUGAGAAACCUUUGGCUCUGUGGAUGUCACUAAACUACAGCUUCCAUGCAGCUUAGCAAGCAAGGCCAAUAGCCAGGGAUGUUGGGAGCUGUAGUUCAAAUACAUCUGGAGGGCCAAAGGUGCUCUAAUGAUAACUCAAGAAAUUAGGACUGUGUUGAAAACACCCACAGACUUUAUUCAGCCUUGGCCCUGUAUAUCUGAAGGAGCGUCUCCACCCCCAUCGUUCAGCCCAGACACUGAGGUCCAGCUCCGAGGGCCUUCUGGUGGUUCCCUCCCUGCGAGAAGUGAGGUUACAGGGAACCAGACAGAGGGCCUUCUAAGUAGUGGCACCUGCCCUGUGGAAUGCCCUCCCACCAGAUGUUAAGUAGAUAAAGAACUACACGACAUUCCGAAGACAUCUUAAGGCACCCCUGAAUCAGGAAGUGUUUAAUGUUUGAUAUUUUACUGUAUUUUUAAUAUUUUGUUGGGAACGGCCCCAGUGGCUGGGGCAACCUAGUCAGAGGGGUGGCAUAUAAAUAUUAUUGUUGUUAUUGAUCCCAGAAACAUAAGCUGCAAAUUUGUUUCAUCUUUUUACAAGUGCUCUGAAUUUGUGUUAAACUGUGAGGGAUUUACUGCUGCAUUUUGAAAUAUUUCAAACUAUAGUUUGUUAAUCCAAUUUUGAGGAACUUCUUUUUGUUCAAAGGCACCCCUGUAAGUCAGGGCUGGGGAAGCAAAUAGCUGGGCUACAGAGUCCAUCACCCUUGGCCAUGCUGACUGGGGCUGAUGGGAGCUGAAAUCCAGCAACAUCUGGAGGGCCCCAGGUUGGAGGAAGCUUCCCUAAGAUUACCUAACUGCCCUGCUGAUGCCAUGAAGAACAAUCUCCCUUAUUGUGGACCAUGUUUUACUUGGCCAAAAAAACCCUCUGCCUAAUGCAUGAAGCAAGUUGGUGGGUACACAUAUAUAUACAUAAACAUAAUAGUGCAUUUUAUUUAAGCAAGUGCAUGCAUAAUAAGCACUGUACACAGAUUUAAAGAAAACAAGUGCUUCCUUAGUCAAUCUACAAUGUAAGAGACUUGUCACAAAAUGGGGGGGGGGGGAGCUACCAGAUUUCCAAUUAUCCAGGCACACUUCCUGCUCGGUAGGACUGUGCAUCAGAUCCUAAACAGGGUCACCUGACUUUGGUUGAGACAGCCCUCGAUUGCUCAGGACCCACCCAGAGUGAUCUGAGGCUGUUGAAAGGCAAGGUGAUGAGGCUGGGGGAGGGUGGAAGGAAGAGAAGAGGCUGGUAGCCUCUGCUGGGUCUGCUUCAUCAGUGAUUCCUUGCAGGGAAGACACCACAGAAGCGACACCCACAACAUUAAAUGCCGUGUCUCUUUCUCCCAUCCAUUCCUGACCACAUAUUUAAUUAGGGGUUAAAAACCCCAAUUAGGCAUUAGGGAUGCCCCCCCCCCAAUCAAAUCAGGGCCCAGAUCCAGGUUGAGUCAGGUCAGCUCAGUAUUUUCCUGCUUUGGAUAGGGGUUGAUCUGAAGUGCUGAAUCUGACUCGUCCUUUAGGCUUAGCUCUUUGGCACACUUGCUGAAGAGGCUGGCAGUAGUAGACCUUGGCAUCUCAAAUCUCAGUGGUGCCCUGUGUGACGACACACACACACACCUGCCUCUUGCCUUCCAUUGAACUUCAUAGUUGUGGGCCUUCUGCUGCAUCCCAGAAGCUCCAUGCCCAGUGUAACCAAACCGGUCACACACCUCUAGCUCUGCCCUUGAGGUUGGCUACUGCUGAGGCAGAUGUAAGCAGGACAACUUGCUUCGGAGAGAAGGAUGCUCAUAAAUCAAUGCAUGGAUUCUCUUUCGAUUUAGAUGCUGCAGUUCAUCCAGACUUUAA